GAGGAACGAAACGCAGACUGGCUUGUGUCAGAUCAUAGUGAUGAACUUGCCCGCCAAGGCUUUGAGAAGCUGCAAUAUUCAGCAGACGAGGGAUUUCCAGAUGUCCUUGAUUUGAGCGCGUAUUACAAAAAAGAUGCCGAAGUGAAGAGAAAUGCUGGAAGGAAGAGUUUCUUUGCUGCAGAGUUCGAUCGUCUGCAUGGAAAACUUGACGGAGCUACCCUCAUAGAGGAUGAUCAAGUAGAAAUUAAAGAUGCCGAAGACAACUUUGAAAUGGAAAAUGAUAAAUAUUUGGCAAGUCUUGAUCAAGAAAAAAUUAGCGAACUUCGACAGGAGAUUGCUGAAAGAAUAAAGCCGGAAACACUUGCGUUCUUGAAAAAUCGCCACAAAAAUGAGUCAAAGCAGGAAUCCAAACCUGCAGUUUCGAAGUUCAAAGCAUCCAGGAAACCGCUCUCAUCACAAACACCUUCAUCCGUUAAGGAAGUAGAGCCUUCAAACUCCAUUGAAUCAAUGCCACCGGCACCUCCACCUCCACCAGUGGUGGAAGAUAUGUUAAAUCAACUUGAAGUUCUGGAUGAGUUUUCUGAUCGCAACGACCAGGAGAAGUAUAAUCGUUUAGCAACGGAUGCAGUACAGUUGGAUUUUGCUACCAAAUGUUUGCGUAACGUUGCUCCGCGACAACAGAAGAAUGCAGUGAAGCUUUUUGACAACUGCAAAAUUGCACCUAGUGGCAGCAAGGAUCCUGUCCUCGAAUUGGCUCGCUCUCGCAUUGAUGACAUUAAGGAACUUUAUCUGGAAGAGAUAGAAGUUUGUGGAGACGAUAUUGAGAUCGUUCGCCUGGCAUUGUUGUGGACAUUAUUACUGCAUGACGAAAGGUUGACGGCCUUUCUGGCAUUUGCAGAUCCUAAUGAUAUCUAUGUUAGAUUAGCAGAAGUGCUGCUUGUAGGUAAGCGAAUUUGAAU